AUGGGACGGAAAGAUCUUCGAACACUCAGCAAGUACCAGCUCAUCCUCGCCAGAGACCAAUUCCGUAAAAACCCUCCUCCGAACAUCCAGGGUCAGCAGCAGGGAAUGCUGGAGGGAGACUUUGCCCUUUGCAUUAGUCUGUACCAUGGGUACGAGCUGCUCAUGCAGAUGGGCCUCAGGUCUCUUUUCUUUUAUGUGCAAGGCAUCAUGGACGGCUCCAGAGAAAUGUCCAGGGCCAGGAAUGAACUUCAGAGAACUCCUACUUUUGUGGAACUCUACCAAGAGAUGGAAGCCAUGUUCAUGAAGCCUGCAGUUGGUCCAGACGAGCCAUUCGUCUACAGUCACCCCAAACUCGAGAAACUGGAAGAAGUGGUGCUUCAGCAUUUCAGACAGUGGUCAGAGACCACAACAGAUGUGACAAACAGAGUCGGCACACGGGUGAUGAUCUUCUCCUCGUUCCGUGAAAGUGUGCAGGAGAUUGCUGCUAUGUUUAAUCGCCACACUCCUCUCAUCAGAGUCAUGACCUUCAUGGGCCAAGCUUCAACCGGGAAAGGCGUCAAAGGAUUCACCCAGAAAGAACAGCUGGAGGUUGUGCAAAGGUUUCGGCAAGGGGGGUUUAACACACUGGUGUCCACCUGUGUUGGGGAGGAAGGCCUGGACAUUGGUGAAGUUGAUCUCAUAGUUUGUUUUGAUGCCCAGAAGAACCCCAUCCGUCUUGUGCAGCGCAUGGGACGCACAGGGCGCAAACGACAGGGCCGCAUCGUUGUGAUUCUGGCUGAGGGCCGCGAAGAGAGAACCUACAAUCAGAGCCAAAGUAACAAGCGCAGUGUGUACAAGUCCAUCACCUGUAACUCCAGUGGCUUCAGCAUGUAUCCGCACAGUCCUCGUAUGCUGCCAGAGGGAGUGCAGCCCAGGCUCCACCAGAUGCACAUCACCUGCGGCCAGUUCGACCCCCAAGAGGGCAGCCGGCGCUCCAAAGGACGCAAGUCUAGUGCAGAAGGACGGAUCUCACUUAUUCAUCCACUCAUCCCACAAAGGGCCUCCAUGUCAGAUGGUUUUCUGAACAGCACAGAAUAUUCGCUGUGGACCUCCAGCAUGAAACUGCAUGAAGAUGAGCCUCAUCCUGUUUUGAAGCCAUCUCACCUCGAGUCCUUUCCAACAGAGCUGCACAACCAGGAACAGAAGUGCACAGAUGUUGCUCCAUCCCGGGAAUUGUCUCUUAGCGAGUGGAGACACUGGCAGAUUAAAAGCUUGCCCACACAUGCCGUAGACCAUUCUCUUCGCUGCCAACACUUCAUUAAGAUCAUGGAGAUGGUCGACCAAAUGAAAUAUGAACCCGAGGGGCAGUGUCGAUACGAAAAAGAGCUCCGGCCUUUUCAUUCCGAAGCCAACAGCAAAAUUAUGAAGAGGAAAUCAAAAACGACAGCAAAAAAUCCCAGUCAUCCGUCUUUAUUCGACCCAGACUUUAUCGGGGAGUUACCUGAAGUGCAACUGGUGACUGAGGAGCAGUCUUUUCCCAUUACAAUUGACGUUGCCAUGGAAACUACCUCACCAGAACCUGUAAACGACAUUGAGAUGUCAGAGGACAACGAUUGUAUUUCGAACGCCGAUCAAGAACUUUUGAGGCCACAUUCACCUACGUGUGAUCAGGACGAGGAUCUUGAACUUCAGGCCAUGUUCUAUCUGCCCAAUUGGGAACGUCGUCUUUCCUCCUCCAGAACAAACGGAGACAGUCGUUUGAAAGUCAUUCUUGCAAAUGUUUCAGAGCUGUUGUCGCGUUCACCGCCACGGCUGGAAUUUGACCAUGUGGAUGUCCCUUGUUCGCCAACGCGGCCCGAGCCUUUUCCAGUCUGCUUCAUCCUCGAUGACGAAGACGAGGAGGAGUUGGACGUCGGUUUCUCCAAGCAAAAGCCUUCCAUGGCGCACAGAGAAGUCAAACCGUCCACCCCACGUGCCUUACACAAGUCGGGUGUCUUUCCCCGGUGUCCCACGGGGCACAGAGGAAGUGCGCUCCCGUCUCCAAUAUCCUCUCAUCACGCCUCGGCACCUCGCUUCAAUCAGAUCCACAUCAAAGAAGCAGAAAGCAAGAGGAAUGCAGUGGGAGACUGCAGCGACAGCGAGGAAGAAAUAAUGGUGAAGAACCUGAGCAGAAAGCAGCUCAAAAACUAUUUCUCUUCUCCAGAAAAGACGUUACUGGUCAGUGAUGUGGACUCUCCAAUCAUUCUCAAGAAAAAACGAGCUGCUGCUGCUCUGGAUACAUCUGGUGAAAUGGAGAAAGGUGCGAUAUCUGAUGAUGAUUUCCAGAACGACUCGGUUUUCUCCAAAAUCAACCCUGAACUUGUGGACAGAAAACACCCUAAAAAACGAAUAAAAGAGCAGUGCCGAGGAGCUCACCGCUUCCUGGACAACGAGGCCGAGCUGUCUGGAGAUGAGGAGGGUGUGUCCAGCGAUGAAGAUGAUGGCGAAGAGCAGAACGGCUCUCUGGAAGGCUUCAUGGUGGACAACUCCCACCUCUCCCAGGGUCUCAAUGAAUCUGAGAUGCAUGGGAUCUACCUCAAGUCGGUGCGAAGUCCUGCUGUGCUCAGCAAGUUCAAAAUGUCCUACAAGAAUAAUCACAACAUGGACAUCUUCUCCCAGGUCCCUGAGGCAGACGAGACGUAUGCAGAGGACAGUUUUGUGGUGGGCAGCGACGAAGAGGAGCAGAGCUGUAGUGAGGAGGAUGAGGAGGAGGUGGGACCGCUGCUGCCCGGAGACUCCUUUGUGGACGGCAGGAGGCAGUACGCCACCAGGAGAAGAGUGUUCCUCCACCACGCCAGAGCCAGAGGCAAAGCACCGGCCACAACCACAGGGGGCGCUAAAGCUAAACGCGCGAGGGUCAUACGUGUGCAGGACUCCAGCGAGGAAGAGGAACAGGCCAGCGAGCAGAAUCCUGACGGUCCUGGGAGCAGAGCAAAGCAUCGGGAAGAACUUCGCCCCACUGAGUCUGCGGCGUCCCGGCUCAGGCUGGCUCCAAAGACCAACGAACAGCAACGCAAUGACAGGCGUCGCCAAAGAGUUGAACGUGAGCACCUCCUGUCUGAUGAGCUGGACUUUGUGGAGUCAGAAUCUCUUUUAUCUGCCAAGGCAGCCUCGGCCCCAGUCCCAGUCCCAGUCCCAGUCCCAGUUUCAGCCUCAGUCCCAGUCUCGGCCUCAACAUCUGCCCCUCGCAGUUCUGAUGCGGGUCCCGUGUGCAUCCUGGUGGACAGCCGAUGUAUCUCCGGAGGCGCUCAGCUGGUGACCUGCCUGCGCCAGCGUCACUCGGCCGCGGUCCACGUGUGCUCUCUGGACGGCAGCUACAUGAUCGUGAGCACGCGCACCGCCGUGGAGAGACACAGCCAAUCAGAGCUGGCCUCCGCCAACAACAGGAAGAGACUGGUGGAGAGAGUGGCCGCGCUGCAGGACGGCUUCGAGAGGGUGUGUCUGAUCGUGGAGAAGGACCGCGUUAAGCCAGGAGACUCAGCCCGUCCUUUCCAGAGAACGCGUUACUACGACAGCACUCUGGCUGCUCUGGUGGGCUCCGGACUGAGGCUGCUGUGGUCUACCGGCCCCGAGGACAGCGCCGCCCUGCUGGUGGACCUGGCCCGUCUGGAGCAGAGGAAGAGCCACGGCAUCAGCGUCCCCCUGGAGGUGAAGGGGCCACAGAGGCAGCAGGCCCUGGAUGUGUACCUGUCCUUACCCUCCGUCAACCACGUGCACGCGCUCAGUCUGUGCCACAACUUCAGGAGCCUCAGCCACCUCAGCAACAGUUCCAUCGAGGCCAUCCAGAAGGGAGGUUGCAUGAGUCGCUCCAGGGCAGAGGUCGUCUACAGAUUUCUGCGAUAUUCUAGUGACGCUUUUCUCAUGAACUGCUCCAAAUAA